GGGGUGAGCUUUUCGGAAGUAGUAUUUUUUUUUUUUUUUAAUUUGCAGCCGUUAGCCAGCUUGGCGGGAAGGAGUUAGUGCUCUAAAAGUAAUCUAAAAUUGUGUGAAGAUGUCGUCCACGUCACAAAAACAUCGGGACUUUGUUGCUGAGCCAAUGGGAGACAAGACUGUACAGUGUCUCCCAGGUAUCGGUGAUGUACUGGGACAGAGGCUCGAGCAGAAAGGGUUUGACAAGGCCUAUGUGGUGCUGGGUCAGUUUCUCUUAUUGAAGAAGGAUGAAGAGCUCUUUAAGGAGUGGCUGAAGGAUAGCUGUUCUGCCAAUGCAAAGCAGUCCCGCGACUGUUGCGGCUGUUUGAAAGAAUGGUGCGAUGCCUUCUUGUAAAUCAGGAAUUCUAAGAACUUCAAUGCCCCUCCCAAACCGAGCCCCAGGGAAAUUCAUCAUACAGCCACAUCUUUAAGAGAAAUCUUGACAAUGUAGUAUGCCUUGAUUACAUCUUAAAUAGUUCUGAAAUGUGUUCAGGUUCCACUUAAAUGUACAAUAUGUUUAAUUUACACAGGUGAAUCCAAUAGGACUGACACAUUAAACGAUUCACAUAUGUCUAAAUAACAUGUAUUAAAUACUCCAAGCACCAUAAUCACUACAGACCACUGUAGUAGUUUUGCUGCCAUGAAGGUGCAUGCACGGUCCCAUGGUUAGUACACAUUGACGGCUUACCUGUGUCACUCUGAAGCUGAAAGUCCCUAGAGUAAAGCUAGAUUUUUCUGCUAAAGAGGAUGUUGCUGGCGCACAGCAGGAACCAAGUAAAACAGUUUAUCUUGCUGUGAUACAGCACCUAGGCACUCCUGGCACCAUGGCCAGUGCAGCGGGUUCUAGUGGUUAUAGUACUUGGAGUGUUCCUUGAAGUAUCUGAAUUGAACUUGAAAAUCAGUAGGCCCAAUUAUACUUAUUUUUAGUGCACCUUCUACAAAAUAAUAGAUAUUAUCUAUAUAUAUUUUAUCAUAGUAAUGCUGACAUUACUUCCCACAAUAUGUGUAAUUUCGGUUGGCCCUAGAUUUUAACACUGCAUUACUGAUUCAUAAUUAACAUAUUUUUCUUUGCAUGUUUUAAUAGUUAAAUCGUUUAUGACUAGAUGUUUGUAACAGGUUUUUUAACAGCUGUAGCUAGAAUCUGGAAAAAAAACAAAGUAUUGAAAAUUAUUGUCACAGGUAUACACCGCUAAAUUAUGAACUAUUCAUUUUCAAGUUUUCCUAAAUUAUUGUGACACAGAAUAUAAUUUAAGUCCAUGUAUGUCUUCAAAAAUAUGUCACAUGUUAACAGAUUGGGGUUUUGAAAAAAUCACAAUGCCUGCCUUUUUAAGAAUAAAAAAAUAUUCCUUCUCCAUGUUUGCAGUCUACAUUUAAUAUCUACUUUUUGAAAUGUCCAUGCCGAGGGCUGCAGCUUUGUUUUUACGGAUUAGUAUAUAGUUAAGUAUUAGAGAAGAUUGAUAUUUUUUUUCACUAACUUGUUAAGCAUAUAUAUUUUUCCUCCAACUUAGAAUUGCCUCUUUCAGAAAUUAUUGUACAUGUUUUUCUUUUUUGUUGGGGGUUCCU